AUGCGGAGCACAGAGAGUGAGCUGCCGGGCAGAGCCGCAAAUCAAAGCCUUGGAAUUGAGCAGAUUCGCUUAGGGUCCGAUCAGACUCUGACAGGCACAGGAAAGCAAAACAAUUUAUGGCUUGAGCGGGAGCUUGGAGAGAAAGUUUGGCUUCUGCUCAUUUUAAAGGUUUUUUGUUGCCCUGAAAUCUGCACUUGUCUUGAUGGGAAGGUUGAGUGUAGCAAUAAAGGUUUUCGCUUUAUUCCUGAAAUCCACGAUGAAGACUCUCAUAUUAUAUUACUGGCAUUCAAUAAAAUAGGAACUUUGAAAUCAUUAUCAUUCUACAAGUACCAGAAUUUGGAGCGUUUGGACCUACAGCAUAAUGUCAUCUCCAGCAUUCACAAUCAAGCCUUCCUUAGUCUGCACAACCUGAGCUUCUUGGAUCUCAGCAGCAACCAACUGACGUACCUAAAUCCAGCAGUUUUUCAACCGUUGUCCAGACUGACUGUGUUAAAUUUGGGAAACAAUCGGAUUUCCAGGAUAUCUGGGUCUGUUCUGGCCCCUUUAGUAUAUCUGCAAAUGCUCUAUUUGCAUAACAAUGCAUUUGUUAACCUGCAAGUAGACUUGCUAUCUAACUUACCAUCCCUCACACACCUGAGGUUGGAUGGGAAUCCGUGGGCUUGCUCGUGUCAGAUCCAAAGUCUUCUCUAUUGGAUGCUUGAUCAUGAACAUUUUAUUACAGAAAAGGAGAGAACACUUUGUGCCGUGCCAAUAUACCUGGAUCAGUAUCCGCUGAUGAAGAUAGAGAGGAAAUCUUUUCACCACUGCCAAGACUUCUUUACUCUUUAUGAAUAUUUGUACUUCCUGCUAAUUGGUAUUGCCUUGUUCAUUUUUAGCAUUUUGCUCUGUUUUUUAACUGGUUCUCUGGUUAUCUCAUAUGAACAUUUGUUACUACAACUAGAAAGAAAACCAAAGGUAUACAAAAAGACAGCCGUAAAAAGGAGAGAAAACACUGUGAAUGGUACUCACAUUCCAGUGUUCAAUAUAUAGAAACAGCAGGAAAUAUUCCGAAAACGUCCAGAGCUUAAUUUAAGGACGAACAGUUCUUCUCUCUGCAGACUCCAGCAUUACUACAUUUUGUAAAACAUUAAGGGACAUUAAAGUGAUAUAAAACA